CUCUCGAGUGGUGUCCUCCUGCAGACUGCGUGUUCUCGGAAUUAGUUGCUCCUCAUUACCUAGGUGGUCAUCCCUCCGUCAUCGGCCCUAUCCGGUCUAUCGACAAAGCAGAUUCUCGCAACACCUUAGGACCUCUCUCUGGGAAAAUGGCUGGUCAAUCGAAGCCCACGCUCUCUCCGUGGGGCAGCGCCGUUGCGGGCGCGACUGGUGCGGUUCUUGCGAAUGCUAUGGUCUAUCCUCUUGAUCUUGUCAAGACGAAAUUACAGGUCCAAAUCAAGAACGCGGACGAGCCAGAAAAGCCGGGUUCGACAGACGAUGUGCACUACAAAUCAACCUGGGAUGCCAUCACAAAAAUUUUGGACAAGGAGGGAGUUGAAGGUUUAUACUCGGGCAUGGCUGGGUCGCUUAUCGGUGUCGCUUCUACAAACUUCGCCUAUUUCUACUGGUACAGCGUUGUGAGAACGCUCUACAUGUCAUCGAAGACUGUGCCCAAGCCUCCAGGAACAGCUAUCGAACUCAGUCUUGGUGCAGUGGCUGGUGCCGUCGCCCAAAUAUUCACGAUUCCCGUUGCUGUCAUCACCACACGGCAACAAACGCAACCGAAAAAUGACAGGAAGGGCUUGAUUGAAACGGGUAAGGAGGUGGUUUACAGCGAGGACGGUUGGUCAGGUCUGUGGAGAGGCCUCAAGGCGAGUUUGAUCCUUGUCGUGAACCCUGCCAUCACGUAUGGUGCCUAUCAACGCCUCAAGGACAUCAUUUUCCCCGGAAAAACCAACCUUAAACCGUGGGAAGCGUUCCUUCUCGGUGCUCUUUCCAAGGCCAUGGCCACCAUCGCAACUCAGCCACUUAUCGUUGCCAAGGUUGGACUUCAAUCACGCCCGCCUCCAGCUCGCAAGGGGAAGCCCUUCAAGACUUUCAGUGAAGUCAUGCAGUUCAUCAUCCAGAAUGAGGGACCCCUGUCACUGUUCAAGGGCAUUGGACCUCAAAUCCUCAAAGGACUUUUGGUCCAGGGUCUCCUGAUGAUGACCAAGGAGAGGAUGGAACUCAUCUUCAUCGUCUUUUUCGCAUACCUCAAGGGCCUCAAAGAGAAGAAGCUCCGCAAGGUCGUGGAUACAGCGGCAUCCAAGGCGCAAGCCAGCCGCCCCGCCACUUUGAAAUAGAGAAAUCCGCCGGCUCGUUUCACUUUUUUUUUAUAUAUAUUUCCUAUCUUUAAAUGGCGCACGGGUGUAGAUCUGUUUGAUUUUGACUUAUAAACCAAGGAUACGGGUCUCCACGUACAUCUUGUAUAUUUAUCGUGAUGUAGAGAAAACGUUUGUUCCUUUAAUGCGGUUUUAAUGGCUCUACGAACUGCCCGUAGCAAAACGCCCCUUGGGGGAGGGGAAAAAAAAAAAAAAGAAAGAAAGAAA